AAGGAUUCGUUCAUUUUGAACGAGUCACUCGCGAACGACACAUCACUAAUCUCAAUACAUACCUGGCUAUAUUGACGUAGCGUUUACAUUCAAUUCCUUGGAUUUUAUUUGUCCUAUUUUAGUGUACUUUAUAGAAAUGAUCAUAACGGUCAAACCGCUCCAGGGGAAGGAGUGUAAUGUACAGGUGACUGAAGAUGAAAAGGUUGCCAGAGUAAAGGAGCUUGUGUCUGAACGUCUAAACAUCCCAGCAAACCAACAGCGGUUGCUCUUUAAGGGAAAAGCUCUUGCAGAUGAGCACAGCCUAAGUGAUUACUCCAUUGGGCCAGAGUCCAAGUUAAAUCUGGUGAUCCGUCCAGCAGGGGGAAGUGGAACCUCAGGUUUGGCUACCAGCCCCAGCAGCAGCACUGCACAGGGAGGUGUCUGGCAGAUUUUGUCAACAAUACUUGCUAGACACUUUACUCCAGCAGAUGCAGCUAAGGUUCAUGAGCAGCUUAUAAAGGACUAUGAGCGCUCACUUCGGCAACUUAGUCUUGAUGACAUCGAGCGUUUAGCAGGAAGACUCCUCCACCCGGAUAGCGAGGGUGUGGACACUUCAUACAUGGACUGAGAAUUAUUCCUGUAUAUGUAUGAUUGUUUCUUCCAAAUUGGCUUGUCCAACAUACACCUACAUAUAUACAAGUGUUAAAAGUGUAUGGCGUGCAAAGUGCUGUUAUCAGUUUUCUUCCACAUUGCCACAGAUGUUCUCUUAAUCAGUGGCUGAGUAAAAAGUGAAAAUGCCCACUGUGUAGGCAGGAUUUCUUGUCCGCAACAAAAAAAAAGUUAAAUAAGACCAAAGGACUUGAACAGAAAAGCAACGUCAAUCUGUGAGCUGUUCCUUGUCAUGACCCAAAACUGAUCACAGUUUAUAUACAAGUGUUUAUAUACAAAGAAAUCCUUUCAUACAGUCUGUUUCAUGUGAUCUCUGGUGCUACAGCUCCCAGAAUACUAACAUUUAGAAGAGGGUUUUUGUUUUUUAUUUUCAUGCCUGUUUUGGAUGAAUGUGAAAGGGGGUUUUACACUGAUCCAUGUAACUUAUACAUUUUACACUAUAUAUUAUGUCACCCACUGAUUGUAUUGUAUGAUUUGUAAAUACAUUUGUAUGCACAUAAAUUACAAUAAGACAGA